CCUCUUCCUGGAUCUCCAUUUCUGUAUCUGGAUUUGUUGAUCCGCUCCAUUGGCGUUCAAGCGAGGUCAGUGGGAUUGAGGAAAAAAGGUUUUUGUGCAUCGAUUAGGGUUUCGAUUUGUUUUGCUUUUUUGGGGGAAAUCGGAGCGAGUUCGUCUUGCGGUUUUGUUUCUCUCCCCGAAAUGGCUUCGAGUUUCGAUCGAUGGGAGAAGGAUCCUUUCUUCUCCGCUGCGGAGGAGGUUCAGGAAUCGGCCGACAGGAUGCAAUCGACUUAUAGAACAUGGAUCCAUGCGAAAAAGGACUCUUCGGUCGUGUGGAAUCUGGAGGAACUCCAGCGGGACCUCCAUACUGCUUUAGGCACUGCGAAAUGGCAGUUGGAGGAGUUUGAACGAGCAGUGCAGUCGAGUUAUGGCAAUAGUUCAUCUGAUGAUGCGAGGGACAGACACUAUGAUUUCAUUGUUGCCAUCAAUGACCAGAUUUCGAAGAUUAAUAGCUCAUUGCAGCAAUCUGCACUCUUGGAUGGCAAGCGAGCGCCAUCUUGGGUGCGUUUGGACGAGCGAGAGCGCAAUGAAUUUGCGUCGUUUCUUUCUGGAUCAUCGGCAUUUGAAGCGGCAGGCGCUGAGUUGGACCAUGUUAUGGACAAUGAAGACCAUAGAGAGUUGUGGAAAGAGUCCACGCCUGAGUGUUCGAAGAAUUCAUGCCAGUCAACCGAGCGGAGUUCAAUGGAUGCCAGUGAGGAGAAGUCAUAUGGGCAUAGAAGAGCGGCCAGUGCAAGUGCUGACAUCAGUGCUUGGAAUAUUGCUAUUGCCGGAGAAGCCUACCCUCAGAGUUCCUCCAGUGGGCAUUCUGUAUUACCUCCCCGCAAGGUACCUAGUGUUUCAGGGUUCCUAAAUUCCAUGGGCUCUGUCUCCAAGUUGAAGUGGUCUAAAAAUGGCUUUAGGAAGUGGAAAGCUGAUUCUCAUCAAGAAGAUGAUACUGCAUUAUUGGGACCGGCUCAGCUAGAGAGAGGUGUACGUGCAUGCUAUGAACGGAGUAAGAGUUGCCUGGAUAACUGUGACGGUUAUGAAAAGCAGCUUUAUGGAUGGUACGGAGCUCUCCAAAGGCAGCUUCAGAGGUCUCAGUAUCAGAUGCAAUACAGUCGGCCUGUACAAUUGGCCUUUGCAGCCAUUCUAGUUCUCUGCUUGAUUGAUAACAGCUGUUUUUUUUCAAUGCAAAUUCUUGCACCUGAGGAUUGUCAGACAUUAAUGCAACAAAUUUUACUUUCUUUCCUCCUUGAUGCUGACCAGAUAACUGCUGUUUUCUUAAGUUGUACUCGCUUUCUGUGUAAUCUAAAGCGGAGGCCCAAUUAUAGUUUAGUUUCUUUAUGUCGGCAUGAACUUCAAUGCCAGAAUGGUCGGGACCAGUUGUGAAUUAUUUAUGUCAGCAGGGGAGCAAGAGACAGGAACUUUGUUUCUCGCGUUUUCCAUUUCCUUCCAAGUGGAAUUAUGUCCCACCUGACGAGUAUUGAGUCCAUGAUAGCGCAUUAGACGCCCUCGCAGGCUCGCACCUGUGACCAACCUCGGUCCAGACUGAUCACAGUCUCUACGGUGAGUGAGAAAUUUUCGAAGUUUUUGCGACAGCAUGUAAAUGCUAAUAGAAUACGAGAAUGUUACGAUUAGAAAAUGUUGGAUCCCCGGAUGUUCUGGCAUUCUGACUUGGGACCGUGUAUCCUGUUGUUUCUAAUUCUCUGGGUAGAUUUUAUGGCCGUCUUGUCACUGUAAUCUGUACAGCAAUUUGAAUGUUAUCAUUUUAGCCACUUUUUUAGCCUGAAUUUCGCA